AUGGAUACUACAGGCGUAUAUAUAAACAAGGAUGGACCUUAUCCAAACGAAGUCGAAUCACUCGAAGAUAUGGAUUGGGAAAGAGAUAAAUGUUUGUCGCAUAAACUAAAAGCAACUAGUUAUGGUGAUUGGCAAUUUAACAUUGGAAUGAUAAAUAUAAAAUAUUUUGAAAAUAGAGAAAAAUUAGAUAAUAUAUUUAUAGGAAAAAGUGAACAAACUAUUUCAAAAACAUGCAUAAAUAUUGAACGAAUUUCUAUUCAAAAAGCUGUUAAAUUAUUCAAUAUUGAAUUUUUACGUAGUAUGGAUUGGUAUUUGAAUAAUCAAAACGAAAUGGAAAUGGAUUUUGAUCGUAAAAUUUUAAAUUUGGAUUUAAAUAAUGAAUAUUUGAUGAAAAAAUUAGAACAAGAGCUAUUUUAUAAGCAAAUAUGUAAAUUAUUUGAAGAAAUUGAAGAUGAUCAUAAUAAGCCAGAAAAUGAUGAUACAAUUUAUGAAAAAUGUUUUAUUCUAAAAUAUUUUCGUGUAUUGUUUACGAAUGAAAAUUAUAUGUUUGCCACGGCUAAACGAGGAAAUUAUUAUCUACUGUUUAGCUUUGUAUAUUAA